GUGCGGUUCACUGGCGGUUUUCCGACGGUUCACAGGCGGUUGUUUGCUCGUUGGACGCGAUUUUCGCGCGUUUCCUUGCUUUUUUGAAGCGCCAGUGUGUGUGUGCGUGUAUGUGGCAGUGUUGAUGUGCAUUUUUUAAAUAACAUGUGCCAUUAGGCAAUGUGUCUUUAAUGAAUAUUAUUCAUUGAUAUAAAUGAUUUGGAAGUAAACACAGGCGAAGGAGUCACAACUAACCAUUAGUACUCUCCCAUUCUUUGUGUCAAUUUCCGCACGGAAGGAAAGAGUGUGCCAGGCUCGAGGCCGAGGAGGAGCGUCCCGGAGCGGUGCCCGGGGCAGGGCGAGGCAAUCGAAACGCGCAGCUGGCGGCUGUGAGGAGUGCCCGCUUCCGGCUUUCCGCCUCCACCGUUGUUCGCCAUGGUAGAGCACAAUGCGGAAACUGCGAGAACGGAAAACGGAAAUGCAACGAAUCUGAUUGUUAAAGUCGGCGGAAAUGCAGGGCAGCCUAGGACGAUGACAUCAUCAGCGGCUAAGAUGGCGGAGGCGUUGUCCGCCUCCUUGGCGGAUUUGAGCGAGAAUGGAACCACGGCCGAGGACAUCCACCUAAACGAUUUAUAUACCCGCUACCGCCAGAGGCUGCGUAAGUCGCUCUUCAGAUCCGGCCUGCUGACUUCACUGCUGGCAUGUGUCGUGUCCAUAAUCAUUGGCAUCGUUUACGAACAGCACUUGGUGCAAACCUUGCUCCUCGUACUGGCAGCCCUAAUCUCGGGCUCCAUUCUGACGGCCCUGCAGUUCCCUGCGGUUCUGAGCUCCCCGGCCGCCGCCUUGGCCUUCGCCAUCGUCACCACCUUCUCGCUGGGCACCAUUGCGGCCAUUACCGGCGACGAACUGGCCCCGCUGCCCAUGUAUGCCCUGUUUCUGUGCAUCCAUUCCAUGCUGCCAAUUUCGUGGCCCGUGUCUGUGGUGCUGGCCUUAUUCAUGACCGCCAUUCACAUCGUUUACAGGAUCGGCGCCAGUCCGGACUACUCGCCCGAUUUGCCAAUGCUCUUCGGGGAGAUUGUUAUGCUGGCCAGUGCAUCCAUUUCCGGGCUCUACUAUCGCAUCAUGUCGGAUGCGGCGCACAAUCGCACAGUCGACGGCACCAGGACGGGGAUCGAGCAGCGCGUGAAGCUGGAAUGCGAGCGGGAGCAGCAGGAGCAGCUGUUGCUCAGCGUGAUACCCGCCUACAUUGCUGCUGAGGUGAAGCGCAGCAUCAUGUUGAAGAUGGCCGAUGCCUGCCAGAGGGCCGGAGGACAAGCCUCCACCUCGGCCACCCGCUUCCACGAAUUGCAUGUCCAGCGCCAUACAAAUGUCACCAUUCUCUUUGCGGAUAUUGUCAACUUCACGCCCCUGUCAAGUUCCCUGACGGCCAGUGAUCUGGUCAAGACCCUCAACGAUUUGUUUGGACGUUUUGAUCAAAUAGCACAGGAGAACCAAUGCCUUCGUAUCAAGAUCCUUGGCGAUUGCUAUUACUGUGUGUCCGGCCUGCCCAUUUCCCGGCCCCAACAUGCAACCAAUUGUGUCAACAUGGGCCUGCAGAUGAUCGAUGCCAUCAGACACGUGCGUGAGGCGACCGGCAUAAACGUCGACAUGCGAAUUGGCAUCCACACGGGCAACGUUCUCUGCGGCGUCCUUGGCCUACGAAAGUGGCAAUUUGAUGUUUGGAGCGACGAUGUUACAUUGGCCAACCACAUGGAGAGCGGCGGUGUAGCCGGCCGCGUUCACAUCACCAAGCAGACUCUGGACUUCCUGGGCGAGAAAUUCGAGGUGGAGCAGGGCGAGGGCGGCAACCGGGAUGCCUAUUUGGCGGACCACAAGAUAGAAACCUAUCUCAUCGUGCCCCCUAAACCAGCUUACACCUACAGCGUUCCACGCGUGGUGGAGUGCAUCGAGCACAACGAUCCCAGUCCCACGGACGAGGUCAAGGAUGUGGACCACUCCCAUGAUACCGUCGACGCCACCGAGAAGUUACUCCCGGUAACAGUGGAUCCACCUCCACCGCUUAUCACUGACGAGAAAAUGUCACCCACUUCGACCAACAGCCAGGAGGCUCCUCUGCACGCCCCCCUUGCCUCGGCCGCCUCCAUGUCCAUCAAGGAGUUGUCCGAGGAGGAGGAUGAGGCCGACGAGGCAACGGCAGUCACAGAACCAUUGAUGGUCAAGGACCAGGACAACAAGGACAAUAGCCAGGAGAUGAAACCCAAUGGCGCCCACCGUGGUAGUGGGGAUUCCGCCGCCUCAGAAUCGGCGGCCAAGUCAGCUGCCCUCUCCCUCCCUGCGGAGGAUCUGCUUAGCAUGAGUGGAUCGGAGAGCGGAAUUUCCAAUAGUGGAACCCCGGCUCCGUCCUCUAACCCGGCCAGUGUCACACCAACGGCAGCAGCUCCAGCCGGAGCAUCCUCGGCCAGCAACAGCCUGACAGUGGCCGAGGCCCCAGAGCGAUCUCGCAGAAAGUUGUCGGUGCAAGGUCUGAUGUCCUUCGCCGACAGACGCCGCUCCUCCGGAGCCUUCAUCGAGGGACGCAAGCUGUCCAUCCACAGCGGCGAAAGUUUCCGCAGCCAUGCGGGUCAUGUCACCCGUAAUCGUCCCUCGUCGAAGAUGACCAAAUAUGUGGAGUGCUGGGGCGCAGAUAGACCCUUUGCCAAUAUAGCCGAGUCCAAGCUGGUGAAGAACAUCGGGCUGGCGAGCAUCGCCAUGAUUGAAUCAAAUUUACUGCCGCCCGAGCGUAAAUGUUUCAAUUUUAAUUUCUUCGGACCGCCCACGGAGCUAAAGCCGUUCACCAUGUGGUACCGCAACACGCCUCGGGAGGCCAUGUACCGCGCCCAGCCGGAUACGCACUUCCGCUUCGACCUGAUAUGCGCCUUCGUCCUGUUCCUCUCGCUGGCCAUCGUCCAGCUGAUUGUAAUCGAAUUAAACCUGGCCCUGCUUGGCUCCCUCUUGGCCAGCUUCGUGUCCCUGGCGCUGUUCCUGUAUCUGAGCAACAUGUCCGUGCCGGAUGUCCACGCCUCGUCGACGGAGCGCAAUGGGCCUGGUCAGGUGGUGGCCAGCAGUCGCUAUUUGCGCCUGGCCAUGUUUGUCAUAGUCAACAUUCUGAUUUCCUCCUGUGCGGUGUUUAGUGUGAUUUACUUCACAACACCCGAGCAGGAUCACAUUGAGCCAUCGAAUGCCACCGAAUUGGCCAGCAAUUCUUCGAGUGAAUUCAACAACGCCACCCUGUUUGAGGAUAUUCAGCCUUGGGAAAUAGGCCGUGCCAUACCCAUUGCCCCCGUUUUCCUGUAUUGCUGUGCCAUCAGUCUGGCAGCGAUAUCGGCUUUCUUGAGAUCCGGAUUCAUCCUGAAGCUGAUUGCCAUGUUGGUGGCCCUCAUUGGACAGGUCACAGUGCUUGGUUACAGCGAUCUCUUUCAGAAAUAUAAUGACAAAUACAAUACAAACAUCGAACAUGGUUUACCACUCGAGAUCAAGGGCUUUCUGCUGCUCCUGGUCAUCAUUCUGGUGCUGCACACCCUGGAUCGCCAGGGCGAGUAUGUGGCUCGCACAGAUUUCCUGUGGAAGGCCAAACUCAAGGUCGAGCAGGAGGAGGUGGAGACCAUGCGGGGCAUCAAUAAGAUUCUGCUGGAGAAUAUCCUGCCGGCCCACGUGGCCACCCAUUUCCUGCAUCUGGAACGCUCCACGGAGCUCUACCAUGAGAGCUACUCGUGCGUGGCCGUGAUGUUCGCCUCCAUUCCCAACUACAAGGAAUUUUACGACGAGACGGAUGUGAACAAGCAGGGCCUGGAGUGCCUGCGCCUGUUGAACGAGAUUAUUUGUGAUUUCGAUAAGUUGCUGUUGAAGCCCAAGUUCAGUGGAAUUGAGAAGAUAAAGACCAUAGCCAGCACUUACAUGUGUGCCUCGGGCCUGAGACCUGGCAAGGAAGAUGGGGCUACGUCACGUAGUUUUGCGGACGAGAAGCGCACGGAGGAGCACAACGUGGUCAUACUGGUCGAGUUUGCGAUUGCUUUGAUGUCCAUAUUGGAUUCGAUAAAUCGGGAGUCAUUCCAACGCUUCCGCCUCCGCAUCGGGCUCAAUCAUGGUCCAGUGAUUGCUGGCGUGAUUGGCGCUCAAAAGCCACAAUAUGAUAUCUGGAGUAACACAGUCAAUGUGGCCUCACGCAUGGACUCCUGCGGCGUGAUGGGACGGCUACAGACUACAGAAAAUACGGCGAAAAUAUUAAUGGCCGCCGGCUACGAAUGCGAGUGCCGAGGCCUGACCUAUGUCAAGGGCAAGGGCAAUCUAGUCACCUACUUUGUAAAGACACCAUUCGAUGGGAAAUUGUAAAUCAUCCAAUUGCUGUUGAUACUAUUUAAUGGAUAUUUAUGAUCAUGUACACCAAGCGUAGGCCAAAAGUCACUCCGAAGCAUCUUCUUAUUUAUUUUGAGCUUUUCAUUUAGUUGUAAUAAAUUUGCAAGCAUUUAAAAUACGUUGCUCAUCACACACAAAAACGCGCACAUGUUAAGUAUUUGUUAGCAAAAGGUUUGUUUUUUAGUUAGUUAGUAGAAUAUAAAUGUUAUUGACUAUUUCGUACAAUUUGUUAGCUAAUCUUAUGCGUAGCCAUCACUUAAACAGCGAAUAAUUAUAUACGAUUCGAAUUAAAUAUAUGGUAGACAAAGAAAUGCAAUUUAGCCCACCCUAGUCCAAAAAUUAACCAACAUUUAAAUAUAGCCAAAAACAUAUCCGUUUGUUACUAGCCGCCCUGUUGUUUUUUUUUUUUCAAAUUUAAUCCGAGGCUGUCUAUAUAAUUUUAUUUUAAAAAUUUUAAAAUUACCUACCCUUUCCCUCUCUCCCAGUCGAGCACUAUCUAAGUUAAUUCGUUAAAAAUGUACUAUUUUUUCAAGCAACACUAGUUAAAUUCUUUGAGAAGAAUCAAUUAAAACUCUAUAUAUUUUUUUACUCAAACGUUUUUUACUGUUACUAAACUAUUCACGGCAUCAUAUUUCGAUAUAUGUAUGUGUGUAUAUAAAUUUAUAAGAAAGAAGCCACCAAAGCGAACUAAUUUUUAAGAAUCAAAAAUCAAAGCUCAACAGCAGCAUCCUGUGUACCUUAACAUAUCCCAACAAACUACACACAAUACCUCCUCUACGAAAACUGACCUGCUUCGACGAUGGAUUUCAACGGAACUAUCAAUAUUUUGACACUGUUUUUGAAUACAAAACCAUAUUUAAAUGAAAUGUUUACAAACAGACCUGAACCCUGAACCCGCUGCAGGAGCUUUAAGAGUAGUUUGAACAAUAUUUGAUAUU